AUGAAGUUUUCACUUGUUGCCGUCCUCGCCAUGGCCGCGGUUGCCAUUGCCGCCCCAACAUACGACAACGACGGUGACUACGGUGACCGUGACGAGCACGGUGACCACGGCGGUGACGUUGAGCAUGGUGAUCACGGCGGCCACGGCGGCCGCUGCAACUACUGGGUUUGCACCGACGACGAAUUGCUCGCCAUCGACCUGGACAUCAACGUCCUCGGAAUCCUCGGCAUCGAUCUCGACAUUGAACUGCUUCACCACCACCGCUGCAAGCAAGGCAAGCACAUCCCCGACACUUGCCACCGCAAGUAUUAA